AGAUAAUGUCAUAGCUGCUUAAAACCAUAGCGAUGGAAACGUUUUCUUUAGCCUACUAAAAGAGAGUCUUCUUCGAUUUUGUUUAUAUUCAGAGCACUAGAACCCAAGGUUUCGCUUUUGGUUGAAAAAAAACACGAAGCGGAUGGAAUCACACGGGCAUGGGUCAGGACCUGCCUUGCAGUUCACAAGCGGCUUUAGUGAAGUAUAUAGACCCAUCAGGACAUUUCGGCUUCAGGACAUCUACGAUCCUAAACCACCUCCACAAAGAAGUCCGGUGGCAAUACGGCCACCCAGCCCCAAACCAGGUUCUCUUCAGGAGCCUGUCGAGCGCAGACUAUCCUGCGAGCCAGAACCGAAGCCCAUCAUGAGGAGGCGUGCAAAAUCUCUCUCGUCCUCCACUGCAAAGGAACGUACAUGCAGAAACGUGCAAGUGCGUUUCGUGGAUUCUCUGGGGUUGGAACUGGAGGAUGUGAAGUUCUUCAAAGCAAGCGAGGACCCUUUGGUGCCAACACACGUGAUCACUAGACUGCUGGCAAGCUCAGAGCUCGCCUCCAAGAAAAACCUAGAGCUCUCCUUACCGUACUUGAAACCGUCCUUUCCUGAGAAUAUGGGUGCGGAACUGAAUUUCCUCGAGAGUUUGUGCCAUCAGCGAGUUUGCCUGGAUCAGGUGUUUUGCACUGAGCUUGGAAUCAUGGGAACUGUGCAGGUACUGAACUUGGCGUUGGAGAAAGAAGUUAUGGUGCGCUAUUCAUUCACGGACUGGAAAAGCAGCGCAGAUAGUAGAGCAUCCUGGAUCACCACCGUGUACAGAGAUGAGCCCAAUUUCGAAUCAGACGUCUUUCGUUUCCACCUGCCUGUACCGCCUUUCAUCCUGCAACCAGGUGCCACGUUAGAGUUUGCUAUCCGUUUCCGGGUCAGAGGAUCUGAAUACUGGGACAACAAUGAUGGAUGCAAUUAUAAACUGAGCUGCCAGACGUACAAACUCAUGGUCCCCAGAGAGUGUGAAGAUAGCUUGGUGCAUUUUACUUGAGUCGUCAUUGGAGAUGUCAUGUGAUACAGUCUUACUGUACACACAAAGUUCUUGAGUUGCAUGAAUUCAAAUUACAAAGCUAGAGCUUUUACACAAACUUCUCAAUAUGUGACACAAAUAUUUAAAAAAUCUUAUUUGUGGAAUUAUUACAGCUCAAAAGCAAUGUAACACUCAAUCAUCACCUUUAUGACAGAAAGAGACAUGGACCUUACAAAACAGAAGUUCAUUUGCCUACUCUCUUUGUGUUUGAUUUUUUCCCUUAUUUUUCUAUUUAAGUUUUUAGCUACACAUUCAAAUAUGCUUACACUGAGGUUUUGUAUGUUUUUUCAUUAAGGUGAUAGUUCACCCAAAAAUGAAAAUUCUGUGUUUCAUUUAUUCACCCCCAGGUUAUAGCUAUUAAAUCCGUAAACUGCAUUCAUUGUCUAUUUACAGUAUGUACUUUGGGGACUAUAGGCAUUUUAUCUCAACAAAAACAAGGCUGUUUAUGUUUUCAAGUUGCAAUGAGAAGUUGGCUUUCUUAUUGUUCUUGACAUUUGCCCUACUGAGACUUUUCUGGGCAACCUCUUGCAGAUGGCAUGUGAGGAAGGCAAUCUAUGUGCAUCUGACCCAGUACAGCUGUAAGGGCACAUGGCUUUAUCAUAUCUGUCAGGUCAAGUCUAAAAAUAUGCACUCCUUGCAAACCAAACCAAAACCUCUUUUUAAAGGAAAUUUGUUUUUUAUUUUUGUCCAGUAGUACAGCAUCCUUUGUGAAAUAGCCAUACUCUAUAGUCCAUCAACAAAACACUGAAUGAUACACUAAAAAAAGCAGGGUUAUUUUUAAGCAGUGUUUGUCAUGACUCAGUGAUGGAAGAACCCAAAUGCAGGCAGGCGUGAAGGGGUUAACAAAACAAGACUUUAAUAAUAUGACAAAAAACACCCACGAUGGGGAAAACAAAACCAAGACUGCAUACAACAAAACAAAAGACUUCUCACGAGAAAGUAAAACAGGAAUCAAAGCAAAAGCAAGGGAGUCCAAUACGUAAAAUAAUAAUACAAACGACAAGCAAGACAGGCAGGCAGGAACAAGACGAGAAACUCACAGUGUUGCACUCACAGGGGAACGUGGAAGAAACACAUCAAACGCAAGAGCACAGGACAAUGAAACAUGAGGGCAUUAAAUAGGAAAGACAA